AUGGCAUUAUCAGAAGAUGUUAAGUACUGCAAUCCUCGUUUGAUUGAGAACACUUGCGAUGAACCUGAAGCCUGUCUACUGCCGCUCGAAGAUUAUCAAGAGUCGGAUCUUGUUUCCCUCGAGGAAGCUAUUGAACCAAUCAAGACACUCUUUCGUAAUUUAUCUCGUGACGUUUGGAUUGCUAAGAAUGCGUGUAAGGAACCAACCGAUGGCCUUUCUUCCGACGAAUCAGCCGCUAUUCAUCUUUAUACCAUGGAGGUGAAAUCUCGAAGUCUAUAUUCGAUUCUGAAUGAAAUGUUGCGCGAAAGAGAUCGUCAAAAGCUUAAACCAUGGUUUUCAUAUCUCAAACUAUUUAUUACUGCUCUCUUUAAAAUACAGCCAUGCUCAGCUAAGGUUAUCUAUCGCGGUGUCAAGGCUGAUCUUCAUUCAAAAUAUCGUCCUGGUGAACGUUAUAUAUGGUGGGCAUUUUCUUCGUGUACUUUGUCGCUCGCAGUGCUGGAACAACCAAUGUAUUUGGGUGAGACAGGCCCAAGAACUCUCUUCAACAUUGAAUGUACGAAUGGAAAAGCUAUUAAGCCGCAUUCAUAUUACAAGACAGAAGAUGAAAUAUUGCUCCUACCUGGAUUCUAUUUUGAAGUUGUGAGCCAAGUCAAAGUUGGUAUUGACUUGUACAUUAUACAUUUGCGCGAACUAUCUCCUCCAUAUGUUCUUCUCGAGCCGCCAUUUUCGAACGUUCCAUGUACUGUGUCAAAUGAAACAAGUGCUCAGAAAGAUGUAUUGAAGCCAGACCAUGUGACAGUCAGUGCUGCAGCUGUAUCGAAACCACUGACAGUAGCAUCUAAUUUAACAUCAGCAACCAAAGCUCCUCCGAAACCAGCACAUCAAGAAUUCUCUGCAUCCAGUGCUGGCAAAGAACUGGAUUGUAAGGGUAAUCCUUGUGCCAAUUGCGGCAAAUGCCGUGAUUGGUACUAUACUGGCAAUCCUGUAGAUUGGCAAUGGAUCCGCAAUAUCAAAAAUUGGCAAAAUAGUGAUCAAGAGCGUUGGAAUAAUGGUACAUAUUACAACAACUUCAAUCUUCGUGAUGGAGCAACAUGUGAUCGUACUCUUCGUUAUGCUCUUGGUCGUGCUCUUCGUGCUACUUUUGGUCUUGAUUUUUAUUAUUAUGGUGGUCUUGGUUAUGCUGGUCAUAUUUGUUUGUGUAGCGAUAACGUCAAAAACUAA